CCCUUCCUCCCACCCCCGGGCGGAAGCGGAAGCGGCAGUGGCGGAGCCGCCCGGUCGCCCGCGGCCAUGGCCGGCAGCGCGGAGGCGGCGCGGCUGCGCGUCGAGAUCGAGCGGCGGGAGCAGGAGCUGCGUGGGCUGCGCGAGCGGCUGGCCGCCGUGCUGGCGGGGCCGGCCGAGCCCGCCGCCGCCGCGGAGCCCGCCGCGGAGCCCGCCGCCGCCUUCCCCGGCGAGCUGCCGCCUCUGGCGGCGCAGGCCUCGCUGAGCGCCGCCGCCAUCCUGCGCUACAGCCGGCAGCUGGUGCUGCCCGAGCUGGGCGUGCGGGGGCAGCUGCGCCUGGCGCGCUGCUCCGUGCUCGUGGUGGGCUGCGGCGGCCUGGGCUGCCCCCUGGCGCAGUACCUGGCCGCGGCCGGCGUCGGCCGCCUGGGGCUGGUGGAUCACGACGUGGUGGAGACGAGCAACCUGCACCGGCAGGUGCUGCACGGCGAGGCCGGCCGCGGGCUCCCCAAGGCCGUCUCGGCCGCCGCGGCGCUGCGGCGGCUCAACUCCACGGUGCAGUACGUGCCCUACUGCGGGGCCCUGAGCCCCCGCGGCGCCCUGGAGCUGGUGCGGCAGUACGACGUGGUGGCCGACUGCUCCGACAACGUGCCCACGCGGUACCUGGUGAACGACGCCUGCGUCCUCGCCGGGAAGCCCCUGGUGUCCGGCAGCGCCCUGCGGCUGGAGGGGCAGCUGGUCGUGUACAACUACCGGGGGGGGCCCUGCUACCGCUGUCUCUUCCCCACGCCCCCUCCGCCGGAGACGGUGACGAACUGCGCCGACGGGGGAGUGCUGGGCGUUGUGCCGGGCAUCAUGGGCUGCAUCCAGGCCCUGGAGGUGCUGAAGAUAGCUUCGGGAAUGGGCUCCUCCUUCGGGCAGUUCAUGCUGAUGUUCGAUGCUCGCGAGGGGAGAUUUCGCAACAUCAGGUUGAGACCAAAGAGACCAGACUGUGCUGUUUGUGGGGACGAGCCAUCCGUCACUUGCCUUCAGGAUUAUGAAGCAUUUUGUGGUUCUUCUGCAACAGACAAAUGUAGGACUUUACAUCUGCUGUCCAGUAAAGACAGGAUAUCUGUAGAGGAAUACAAAAAAGUGUUGGAUGAGCAGAUUCCUCAUGUGUUGCUAGAUGUUCGUCCACAGGUAGAAGUGGAUAUUUGUCACCUGGUACAUGCCGUCCAUAUUCCUUUGAGUAAAUUGGAAGAAAAAAAUGAAGAAUGUCUGAAAUACUUAGAAAAAAGAAUUUGUGAAGAAAAGCAGGAAACUAAUGGCAAAACAGCUUUUCCUGUAUAUGUUGUUUGCAAAUUAGGAAAUGACUCCCAGAAGGCCGUAAGAAUUCUGCAGGAGUUACCUGGCAAAGAACUUGGUUCUGUGUUAGCUAAAGAUAUUAAAGGGGGGCUUAUGGCUUGGGCUGCUAAAAUUGACCCAUCAUUUCCUCAGUAUUAGCAAUUUAUAUAUUGUUGAAAAAGAAUUAAUACUCACUGUAAAUGCCAUAGGGUUUCAUGUCUGUAAUUCCUAUAUCAUAUGGAUAAAUUGGGAGAUAGAAAUACUGUAUUGCUUUUUUUAAUGGUAAUUUUUGAAAAAAACCAUGUAUCUUUGUAGGUGCUUUAAAUUCUAUCUUUAUAAAAAUGUGAAUCCAUCAAUGGAAAUGGAAAGAAACAUGUUUCUUGGUUAUUAUUUCAUAGCGAAACUUGGAAUAAUUACUUAAUUGUGCAUUUGAAAACUGAGAAUUAUUCCUGAUUAGUAAUUAUAGUCUUGAGAGUGACAGAGCACCAGAGUUGUGUUGAAAGUUUUUGCUCAGUCUUCUAACUGUCUAACAUACAGAAAAUUGAAACAGUGCAUACUGAUAAAUUUUGCUGCUAAUCUCGAGCUAGUCAGUAGCAGCAUUAAGGCUAUGAUAGGGAAUUGCCAAGAAAAAGUUCCUGCUGACAAGACUGUUUUGAUCAGCAUUUUUUUCUGUCUGUUCUCUGUGGAAGUGUUGUGUAUUUACGAAAAAGUGCUCACUAUCAGUGGCAAAGUAAAGGUAGUGCUACUGUCAUAAUGACAGAAGAACUGGAACAUAGCCAAAGCCAGACUUCAGAUUUUAUGGUGUUUCUGUGGUGUGGUGCUAUGCUUGGUUGACCCCUGUUUGACUUAGGUAGGCAAAUGAAAGCUGAAGGUACAGCUUUAAAGGUACAGGCACAAGAAAUUUAUGUGUAGUUGACCACAUAAUACUGGUCACAUGGUGAUUUUUAUACAUCUAAUUCAUCUGAAUUGUGGUAGUUAUGGUAGUAGCACCCACAGUCUUAAGAAAUUGAGUAAAGGAUGUGUCUGAGAACAAACAGAUUUUAUGUAAUGUUAAUCUUGUGACUUUUAUAAAGUUCCAGCUAUAUUUGAGAUACUUUAUUGUCUUUCUUAUCUAUUACAAACUUAAAGCCAUCCAUCUUUUGCUUGUUGACUGGCAACAAAUGUAUUCUGCAACUUGUGUAGAGAGAGUGAAGUUAACUAUUAAUAGGACAAAAGUUUUAGCUCAGAAAGUUUGUAAAACAUACAGAAAAUACUUCUGUGAAGGUUUGGAAGCUUUCACAGACUGAUAGGUGAAGAAGAGGUAAGACAGAUAGAAAUAGAUAUGUGGCCUCCCUUCUGCAAGUAUGAAGAUGUAUUUCCUAAAUUUUCUUGUUUGUUGUCAUAGUUGCAUAUUCCCCACAGUGCUGCAUUAUUUUAUUAAUUGGCAUGAAGAGCUAUACACUGGUAAAUCAGUUCAUCUAUGGGAACUGAAUAAAAAGAGAAAUAAACAGCUUCUCAACAGAGA